AAGCAUUCAAUAAGGGCCCUCAACUUCCCAUCAGCUCCGCUCUUGCAAGACCGUACUUACAAUACACACAUAACCUCUUUCAAAUCACAUUUAUAAUGGCUGGUGGUCGUUACCCUUAUCCUAAGCACGUCUGGUCACCUUCUGGUGGUUGGUGGACUCAGCCCGCUAACUGGAAGUCGAACACCGUUGUUGCUGUCGGUAUCGCUGGCACCAUUGUCGCUGCUGCCUGGAAGUACUCUGCUGAAAACGAGGAGCGUCAUUCUCGCCCAACUGGAUGGAUUCCUUCUCAAUUGUGGGCUAAGGAGUUCAAAGAUGGCGAGGUCUACGGAAAGAAGUGAAGGAAACACCCGGAGAUUUGGCACUAUAAGCGAAUGGAGGACAAUUUGACGCACGAGCAGUAAUAGCUGUAUAGACACAAAC